AUGAGUAACUGUGUGCUCCCGUCCUGCCCAGAGUCACAGAUUAUGCUGGUUGUCUGGGAGGAAAACAAAGCUUGACACCCAAGAUGAAGGCAGAGAAGGAUUCUCCAAAAGCCAGAACGAUUUCUCAAAUUUUAUUGUUGAUGUUUCUUGGAUUCUUCAAUUCAGGUGAGGUGCUGGCAGUAAAUAUGACUAUCCCCAACACUCUCAUUAAAGGUACAGUAGGAGGGGAGGCCCUUCUGUCUGUCCGCUACAGCAGUUUCAGCCUAGACCUGCCAGUCAUCAAGUGGCAGCUCCAGAGGGAAAAGUCUGUCACUGUCGUCCAGUCGAUUGGAACUGACAUCAUUGGCACCCUGAGGCCUGAGUACCGUGACCGAAUUCUGGUGUUUGAGAAUGGGACUCUGCUUCUCCACAACCUCAGAUUCUCUGAUGACGGAACUUAUGACGUGGAGAUCUCCAUCACAGAUGAUACCUUUACAGGAGAGGGCAGCAUCACACUCACUGUGGAUGAACCUAUUUCCAGGCCCUAUAUCCACAUGGAGUCUUCAUCAGUACUGGAGCUCAGCGAAAACGUCAUCCUCAACUGCUCCCAUGAAAAUGGAACCAGGACUACAUACAGGUGGUUCAAAGGUGGAAAGCCUCAGACCAAUGAAACAAGAUUUGUAUUGUCACCUGACCAGAAGCUCUUGACCAUCACACGGGUGUUGAUGGCAGAUGAUGAUAUCUACAGCUGCGCAGUGGAGAAUCCCGUGGGCAAUAUGUCAAGCCUACCUAUCAGAUUGACCGUCUACAGAAGAAGUUCCCUUUAUAUCAUUCUUUCCACUGGAGGUAUCUUCCUCCUCAUCACCUUGGUAACAGUAUGUGCCUGCUGGACGCCUUCCAAAAAGCCAAAACAUCCACCUAGAAAACCUCUCUCCAGGUUUUAUGACCGUUCUCAUCGCUCACCAAUCAAUACAAGAGAUGAUGUGCUUCCAAAAAUGACAGAGCAUAAUGGAAUAAAUGCAGUUACUUCGCUUUACAUCCUGCAGCAAAAGGAUCCCUCCAUGGAUGACUCAUCCAGCAACAGUAUUGGAUCUCCUUCUGAACUUGACAACCCACCAUGCUACACCAGUUACCCCAAGUACACCGCUUCUCUUACCCAGUCUCCUGGGUCCCCUACCUGCUCCACCCAUAGGUACACCUGAAAGCUCAUCGGUUUAAACUCUCCACGUCACAGCAAAUGGGAGGUCAGACCGUCCUACUGUAUACUUCUCCCGAUGGCAACUUCCUGCAAAUCCGCACGGAGUUUGGAAAAGAUCUCUAAACUAUUUUCUGGGGCUUUACAAUGUCAUUACUGCCUGUCGAUAUUAUCAAAGUAAACCAUGACUUAAAUAGCAGUUGCUUUGAAGGUUAAAAGCACAGCCUGUAGGGAAAUGUGAAUGGAGCAUGAUAUCAGACAUGUUUUUAAAUGGCUUUGAAGUCUGUAUCUGUGUUCACCACACACCACUACUGUCAUUGGUUACAGGAAUUAGAAAACCUGAACUUUGAGAAAUGGCAAGUAGUCUUCAUGAAGCUUAGGUUGGGUUGGUAAGAUGUAACUGUCAAACUGCUGUGUAAUGAAGAGAAGUUCAAUUAGAUGGCAAACACACUUGCCCCACGCAUACUUCUCUUUAUGCUUUACUGUCAUUUCAAAAUCAUCACCACACAAGAUGAGAUUUGUUGUUUAUAAAGCUUAAA